GGCACAGCCCAGGGUUUUCAAGCCCUAAGCCUCCAGCGCCGGAGGAGCAGAAAGAAAACAAACUUCCAGAGUUCCUUCCUCAGUUCUCUCUCUUUCUAGAAUCUUCCAAUUCCAACCUUAUUUUUUCUUCAAUAACACCAUUAACUUACUGAGUAGCGAGAACGAGUCAUGGAAUCCAAACCCGGUCAAACUAUCAAGCUCCUCUGCAGCUACGGCGGCAAGAUUCUCCCUCGCGCCACCGACGGCGAACUCCGUUACGCUGGCGGCCACACCAGAGUCCUCACUGUCGCCCGUUCCAUUUCCUUUUCAGAAUUGAUGGUGAAGCUAAGCGAGUUCUGUGGUUCGUCUGUGAUCUUGCGGUGUCAAUUGCCCAAGGGAGACUUGGAGACCUUGAUCUCCAUCACCAACGACGAAGAUCUCGCUAGCAUAAUCGAAGAAUACGACCGUGCCUCGUUGAAAUUGGCGCAUCCGUUGAAGAUCAAAGCCGUUCUAUCGCCGCCGAAAUCGUCGAAGAAGACUCCGUCUGCUCCGUCGUCGGCGUCGUCCAGCGCCAGUCACUCUCCGUCCAGAUCGCCGCACACCUCCACAGAUUCGUUGCCGUACGCGGCGUACCACCGCAUCGGCCGCCACAACCGGCCGCCUCCGGCGAAAGCUUCUUGCUACACGCAGUUCGAUGGAAGCCCUAGGUUUCUGUACCGUGGACCUCACUGCAAUUAUUACUGCCACUGAGGCGAACGAACGAACGAACGAACCGAUUUAUUCACAGUAAAUACAGUUGCAAGAGAAUCGCUAUUACCAAGUUUGAUUCCAUACAUACGAUGAUGAUGACGACGAAAAAUAUCAAAGGACCAAAAUAGUAGAGAAAUGAGUGGACUGUUAAAUACAAUUAAUUAAUUUUUUUUUAAUUUUGAUAAAAUUUUAGAAAUGGAUGAGUUGAGGUUCUAAUUUUUUAAUCUGAUCCUGAGUUUAUUUUUUGGACAUAAUAAUUGCUACUUGGGACUCUUGAUUUCAAGAAUUAGGGUUCUGUUAACUGCGGUUUAAAACGACAGACUACUAUCGCCGUUUGACACAUGAGACCACAAUUUCUGUGAUGUGUUAUAUAUUGUUGCUUUUGGUGGUAUUUUUUUUCGUGUUAAUUGUGGCCACAUGCGUUAUUUUUCCGUAAGACUUCGAUUAUAUUAAGCGGGUACGUAUGUUUCUUCUUUGA